AUGCUGUCAGCAGUGCCCUGAAAGCACUGCCCAUCACGUGAUGGAUGGGCAGCACAGGUGGACUGUCACCGCUACAUGUGUUUGUGAGCGUCUCUCCCUGUUGAUGAGCCAUGUCUGUCUCCUGCUGCACCCUAAGAGUGUCUCGAAGGCAGAGACCACACGCCCGGCCCGCCAUUGCCCCGCCAUUGUCUGGCGCUCAGGCAGAGUUUCCUGAGCAAGUCGUCCCUGCUCCCCUUACAGCAGAAGAAGGUCUUUAUGAUCCAGGGCCACUACCCGGUGAUCCGCUGUCUCUUGCGCCAGAGGGGCUGGGUGGAGAAGAGGAUGGUCCAUCACAUGAACGCCAGCACGCUGCUGCCACCCCACAAGGAUCUGGAUAGCUCAGGGGUGGGGGACAGUGACACCCCUGAAGAUGAAGAUGACGAUGCAGAUGAAGAGUUCCAACCACCACCGCCCUUCAGCUUCGAAAGUUUUCUGGAAUGUGCUGACGCAGAGGGGACACACGCCUUAAUGUCUCGCAUGGUUCGCAACGAGACGCCCUACUUCAUCUGGACGACUCGGCGGGACGUGCUGGACUAUCGCUUCCUCUCCAAGGAUCAGAUCAUAAACCACUAUGCCCGAGCUGGCGCCUUCACCACCAAGGUGGGCCUGUGUCUCAAUCUGCGCAACUUGCCCUGGUUUGAUGAGGCCGAUGCUGACUCCUUCUUCCCACGCUGCUACCGUCUGGGGGCCGAGGAUGACAAGAAAGCCUUCAUAGAGGACUUCUGGCUGACAGCUGCCCGCAACGUUCUCAAGCUGGUGGUGAAGUCCGAAUGGAAGUCAUACUCUGCCCAGGCCGAAGAGGAAGAGGCCGCAGGAAACAAACAACCUAAGAAACAGAAGAAGCCGCUCGUUGUGUCCCCCGAGUUCGUGGACGAGGCCCUGAGUGCGUGCGAAGAGCACCUUAGCAGCCUGGCCCACCUGGACAUCGACAAGGACGUGGGGGCCCCGCUGUGCUGGAGCCCCGAGGGCUGGUCCUUCUUCCUGCAGCGCUACUACCAGGUGGUCCACGAGGGAGCAGAACUCAGGCACCGGGACGCCCAGGUCCAGCGCUGUGAGGACGUCCUGCAGCGGCUGCGGGCCGUGGUACCCCAGAUUGACAUGGAAGGGGAUCGCAACAUCUGGAUCGUGAAGCCAGGAGCCAAGUCCCGUGGACGAGGCAUCAUGUGCAUGGACCACCUGGAGGAGAUGCUGAAGCUGGUGGACUGCAACCCCCUAAUGAUGAAGGACGGCAAGUGGGUGGUGCAGAAGUACAUCGAGCGGCCCCUGCUCAUCUUCGGCACCAAGUUCGACCUGAGACAGUGGUUCCUGGUCACCGACUGGAACCCGCUCACCGUGUGGUUCUACCGCAACAGCUACAUCCGCUUCUCCACGCAGCCCUUCUCCCUGAAGAAUCUGGACAACGCGGUGCACCUGUGCAACAACUCCAUCCAGAAGCACCUGGAGAACUCGUGCCGCCGGCACCCAAUGCUGCCCACGGACAACAUGUGGUGCAGCCAGAAGUUCCAGGCCCAUCUGAAGGACAUGGGGGCCCCCGACGCCUGGUCCGGCGUCAUUGUGCCUGGCAUGAAGGCUGCCGUGAUCCACGCGCUGCAGACCUCGCAGGACGCCGUGCAGUGCCGGAAGGCCAGCUUCGAGCUCUACGGGGCGGACUUCCUGUUUGGGGAGGACUUCCAGCCCUGGCUGAUCGAGAUCAACGCCAGCCCCUCCAUGGCGCCCUCCACGCCCGUCACGUCCCGGCUCUGUGCCUGCGUGCAAGCAGACACCCUGCGCGUGGUCAUCGACCGGCGGCUGGACCGCAGCUGUGACACGGGGGCCUUCGAGCUCAUCUAUAAACAGCCCGUCGUGGAGGUGCCCCAGUAUGUGGGGACCCGGCUCCUGGUGGAAGGCUGCACCAUCAAGAAGCCCCUGGCGAUGUGUCACCGGCGGGUCGGGGCCCGCCCGGCCCUCCCUCACCUGCCGACUCAGCGAGGCGCUGGGGAAGGCAAGGACUCUUCUAGGAACGCUGCUGGGCCCAGAAGCCAGGGACACAGGGAGAAGCCGGACAGCAUGUCCACCACCACGGCCCCCGGAAAGGGGAAGAAAGGCAAGGCGAAAAGUGCCGCCGCCCUGGCGCCCCGGCUCCGGAAGUGGGACCCCUCCGGCUCCAGGAUGGGCUGCAUUUUCACCAUGACCUUUGGUAGUGGAGACAGGCAACCCCACCCCCUGGACAGAUUGCCAUUGAGUCCGAAGAACCCCCAGGCCCUGGCCCCUUACCACCUCCCCAGCCUUCACAUCCAGGCCCGGCUGCCUUCUCCCCCUGGGCUCUGGCCCCAGGGGCGGGGUCUCAGGCUGCACCCCCACAAGCUGUUGGGCUCUAAGGCCCUGUCGACCACAGGCAAGGCCCUGAUGACUCUACCUACGGCCAAGGUUUUCAUUUCCCUCCCACCCAACCCUGAGCUCAAGCUGGCACCCGGCGUCCUGAAGCCAACAAAGGUGGGCCUUGAACGGUGACUGCCCCUGGUGGGCAGUGCCGGGCCCCCGGGCAGGGUCGGAGGGCCGCUCUCCAGACGGAUUCCUGAUCCUCUCCCUCUCUUCCCUCCUUUCACACCGAGGCUGCUGCUCCCCGGCACCUUCAGAGCCCCCGUCCUGG